GUCGGACGCGGCGCGCCGCGGAGCUCGCACGCGUGAUGCGCGCCAUCUAACGUAUUAUGUUCCUACCCGACCUUCCGCGAGCCUGCAUGGUGGACGACGUUGCAACCUACCUUCAAGCGCCCUCCUCGGGACAGGACGAAUUCCAUCCGUUCAUAGAGGCCCUGAUGCCUUUCGUUAAGUCCUUUUCAUAUACGUGGUUCAACUUGCAAGCGGCCAAGAGGAAAUAUUACAAAAAACACGAGAAACGGAUGAGUCUUGAGGAGGAACGGCAUACCAAAUAUGAGUUACAGAACGAAAAAGCGGAAGUAAAACAAAAGUGGGCGUCACGGCUGCUCGGGAAACUGCGCAAGGACAUCACGCAGGACUGCCGGGAGGACUUCGUGCUGAGCAUCACGGGCAAGAGACCGGCUGUGUGUGUGCUGUCGAACCCGGACCAGAAGGGCAAGAUGAGGCGGAUAGACUGCUUGCGGCAGGCGGACAAGGUGUGGCGUCUGGACCUAGUAAUGGUGAUUCUGUUCAAAGCGAUACCGCUAGAGAGCACAGACGGGGAGAGGCUGGAGAAGCACCCAGAGUGCACGCAGCCCGGUCUCUGCGUGAACCCCUACCACAUCAACGUGUCGGUCCGAGAACUGGACCUGUAUCUAGCCAACUUCAUCAAUAGCUAUGGUAAUGGGAGCGGUCUGCCAGAUAUUCUAAGCGGCUCCCUUUCGCCUCACCCCCCUAGGGAUAAAGAGAAUGAACAUGAGGCAAAAAAUAAAGGCUAUACCCACAAUCCGUACAAUGGUGUUAUAUGCAACGAUAUUAUUCUAGCGACCGGCGUCUUCUCGUCAAAGGAAUUAUGGAAAUUGUCAAAAGCAUCAAUCCUCCAAGAGACCGGUUCGGAGUCGCCGAGCGGUUCAGGCGGCGGCAUCAAACUGGAGUCGACAUACUACGGGUACAACAGCCCGGCGCCGCCCGCCUUCGAGCCGCCCGCGGAUAGAGGCACCCCAUCCACCAUGCUUGUUGGACAGUGCUUUAGUAUUCCGCACAGUUCUGCGAGUCUGAGCGCUGCGCAGGCGCCGCUAGUGCCUUCAAACACAAUAUUCUACCAACACGCACCACCUCCCACAGAUACACAUCCUACUUCAUCAGAAGCGCUAUCGAACCAACACUCGAGCAAGUACGACAGCACGCCGCAGGACUCGCUCGGCGACUUCGUCACGUUCGUGUGCCAGGAGCCGCCCACUGAUGUUCAGCAGUUACAAGUACACAGUUUAUCCAGGAGUCCAAAGCCAGCGUAUUUCAGCAGCUCGAUGUUACCCCCACCACCUUUACCACCCAUGGCCAGACCUGUCGCGAUAAUUAGAUCUACUGCGAGUGAGCUGGGCGCAGGCGUGGGCUCCCCGUCCCCCGAGGUGCGGUCCCCGAGCGGGUCCCCGCGGCGCCGCUCCCCGCACCCCUACCGCGAGUGUCAUCCCCCCAUCUCGCACUUCAACCACUUCCAUUCGCAGCCGCAGCAGGUGUUCAGCUACGGUUCGCUAGGCGGGGGUGCGGUAGUGUCCGGUGGUGGGGGCGGGUCCCCUCCCGGAGGGCUUGGCCUCUACGCGCCCAGACAGCCGCCUAGGGCUCCGCCAAGGUGGAACGCCCCAUUCCCAACAUUAGAAGAAGAAUUCAAUAUAAUGACAGCUCCGACGGGCACAGAUCACGUGGUGCUUCUAGAUGACGUCGGUAACUUUGUGUUCACAGAGCGUUUCUUCCACUCGAACGUGAUAACAUCAGACACGACGGCCAUGGACACGACCGGGAGCAACGUCCAGUCGGUGGUGGACACGGACGACAUCGCGCCGGACAAGGCGCCGGACCUGCGCUCGCCGUGAUGCUCGCAGGCGGGGGACGCGUCCGCCCCGGCCGACGGCUCGGCCGCGACUGUGCUCCGGUGGACCCCCGCGCCCCUCCCGCACUGGCGGCCCGUCCCGCACCGCGCCCUCUGAUUCGAAUUUCAAACGGAAUUCGAACAUCGAACAUUUUCAUUUUUGACAAUAAAAUUUAUUCGCUGUACAGAAUAAUUUUUUCUACGUAGUGUACAUAUUAUGUUGGCAUGUAGUUUAGUUCCGUGACUUUGUACAGACGUCACCUAUUUAUUUGUAACGCCAUCUAGUGGACUAUUUUAAUAACUGGUAAAUCUGUUAUGAAAGUUAUAAAAAACAAUUAUAUUCUAAUAUUUUUAUAGAAUAUGACGAAUAUGACGAAAGCCUUCCAGUAAUUUAGUGAAUAUUGAACGAUGCCGCUUCUAUCAUUGUUUCGCUGACCUGUAAGGCAGUUUGAUGCUUCCAAUAAUCGAUUGAAAGUGUGAUACGUUGUUUUCAUUUCGUUGUUUAAAAGAAUAGAUAAGUCUAAUGUUUUAUUGAGAUUUUUUUUAACUUAUUGAACGAUUUAUGAAAGACGAGCCUUGCUUAUGAAUUUAGUUUAGUUGUAUAUUUAGAAAUGGUUGUCAAUUUUUGAUCGUUUGUCAAUCCGAUGACCUGGGAGGAGGUUUGCAGUGUACCUCUAGAGCGGUAGCUGUGUGACUUUAUAAUAAAUUAGGGAAUGUUAAUUGCUUGUUAGUUGUAAUAAAAUGGUUGUUUUCGGAUUGAUGACGAUAAGAAGUUGCUUCUGGUAGAUCGACGUGUGUCGAGGGACAUAUAGGUGCCUUUCGUAAAGUAUGAUAACUUUAUUAUAGGACUUAUAAUUGUAGUGUUCAUCAAUCCAUCCGAUUAUUGUUUGUGUAGGGAUGUUUUGUGAGCGGAGUGUUGGGUUUGUCGUACUAGAGAACAAAAAAAAAACUAUACCUAAGCGAUUUUAAGACAUUAAAAACCGUAUAAUACGAGUUUAGUUUGUAUCCUUUUUUUGUCUCUUAUUGAAAUUACAUUAUGUUAUUUGAAUAUUUGCUGUGUUCCAGUUUUUUCUAUCUUAUAAAUUAUACAUACAAUAUGGCAUACCCAACAUUUCUAAACGCAAAACACCGUUAGAGCUUUUUAUACUUACUUUCGAAAAAAAUAUUUUCAAUUUAUCAUCGCAAUCCCGUGGCCAUACGAAAGAAGCUAGUCAUUAGAUUAACAAUGUAAAUUAAUACUUAAAUUAAAGAAAAUAUUUACAUUUAUAGAGACCCCCUUACAUUUAUUAGUAAGGGGUAACUGUGGCCAAAUUACAUGAUAAAGUAUAAAUAUAUAUACACAGUUUCAUAGAAUAAGGAUGCGUUGGCAGAAUUCAGUAGUGUGUUUAAUCAAGUGGUGUGCCUUCGAUUUGAAUUAAAAAAAGAACAAUAAAAAAAUUGAAUCGUCAUAUUUUUGAAAUUCGAAUUAAUUUUUUUAGCUUCGCUUGAUCGGUCUGUAAUCUACAGAUAAAAAAUAGUGGUUAUUCUAACCCGUCAAAAUUAGCGCGAAAAAAGGAAUGUGCAAAGAAAAAUUUACGAUAGACUCACUCAAUACUAUAACACAAAUUAUAGCGCCAGAACUUGAUGAAAAUAAGAGUUUUUAAAAUUGUAAGCGUAGUCUUCAUACAACAGCGAGAGAAUAUAUUUAAUGAAAUGAUUCGUAAAAUAAUAAAUCUUUCUCAUACUUGACAAGGCACGCUACCUGAUUUUUCAGUCAUAUGGUUUUGAUGUCAACUAUUAGGUUCCUAAAAUUUUUAUAUGUGUCUUUUAUUUGCACGCCAAUUUCCGCUAAGACUACAUACACACAGUGCUUGCAAAAUUAAUUUUUCUACAGACUAAAAAUAAAAAUUUGACUCAUGAACUAUUUGUGAUAGUAUACUCGACUCGACUAAUAUUGAAUUGGCGUGUAAAUAAAGGAUUAUAUAAUCCGUUAGGUGCCAUGUAUACAGGCUGAUGCCAUUUACGUUCUGAGAUUUUUAUUCGGUUGCCCUUUUAUAAUUAGUAUAGUAUAGAUACAUAGCAAUAAUCGAAAAGCAAUAAAUUAUUAUUACGAAUCAGCUUUAGUUAAGCUAGAAAUUGAUACUGACGUAGUUCAAUGGUAUUUGACACGCAAUAUUUUUUCUAUAGAGAGGGAACUGAGUUCCGUGUUUAAGCAGUUUGGUACAAUUUAUAUGUAGCUGUUCACAGACUAUAGAUUAUAUACUAUACUACAGCUAUAUUAGUUCAUCUAGGGAGCGAAGAAUUAGUCAAUUGCUAGCUAUAGACAUUAGAGAUUAUACCAGAAAAUUUAAUAGUGACGUCACGUAAGGCUUAACGUUCGUUCGGGUUACCACCACAAUUUCGUCGUGUUAUAAUCGGAGAGGCUAACAUUGGAGUGAAGUCUGUUUGUGACGAAUUUAAACGCUCAUUGGUGCCGAAUAUUCUAGACUGUGAUUAAAAUUGUUCAUUCUGGACGUGUCUUAUAUUGAAAUAGUUGUUUUGUAUGAUUGGCUACGACGCUCGCUAGAGCCACGGCGGAAGGAUAGAUUUAACAGAACGAUACAUGUUGUAUGAAAUGCAUUUGUUUAUGACAAAGGGAUGCGUAAGGGAAUCAGAGAGAUGUUAACUUUUUUAUUGACAGUGUCUGUAGAUUCAGUAGUAUUUUAUUAAUAGCUUUGCAAUAGCGUGUGCGUGUGACAAACGUCAUGCGGCAAGCGUGCGUUUGUGACGGCUCGUGUGGAUUCGGAAACGAUGCGUUUGUCACAGCACAGACUUGUUCUAAUUUUUAAUUAGCACCAUUGUUACGAUAUGGAGUAAUAAUUGAAAGCCUAAACAUUAUGUGCCUUAGAUACAACAAUAUUGUAUAUUUAUGAUGCGUUCUAUACAACGUGCUAACUAGAAAUAAAUAAUUAACGUUAUUUUGAAAGCCUGAAACUUGUACAUUCAUUAUUAGAGUUCAUUUCUGCGAAGGCUUAAGAAUCUACCAAUUUCGUAUUACCUGUGCUGAUUUGUGACUUACUGUCCGAUUGUUUCUCGUUUGAUUUCUCUCCUCGAUUAUACGAAAGUUCCACUGUUUGACAUUGUGUACUGGGCACCCAGCAGUCUGGAAUUUUAUUUCGAAUCCAGAGUUGAAAACCUCGUCUUAAUAUUAUCUUACGAUUAAGUAACGCUUCUACGCGUAGUUUCGCUGAUUAAUAAAUACUUCUAAUAUAUUCUAUAAUUUUAGUACUUACCUACAUUGUACCCAUUUACCAGUGUAUAUUUUACUGACGUGUAUAUCUUAAUCUAUGCGACUUCGAUUAGGCUCGCUUUUAUUUCGACUAGACCCUCUACCUUUUAAUUCCCGCGAUGCUUUUUUACAUUAUUAUCAAUUGACGCUCGUGUUUCGAGCACGUUCAUUUCUAACAAAUAUAUUUAUAAAGAAACAAAAAUCCGUCUUUAUAAGUUUUGGAUUUCUGAAAUUAAAUAACAUACAUACGUAAAUAAAGAUUAAUUAAGGAUAAUUAACCGUUAGAGAAAUACUCCUAGUUAUGAAUUUUGUUAGUUUGUCAAUUUAAUCGUGCAAUUAUGAAUUGUGUAGCGAAUUUAUUAAUUAUUUUUUAAGUGUACCGUUGUGUCAGUCACAAUUUCUUUCGUCUGUAAAUAUAUUUUGGAGUGUAUUUAUAAUUUUCAUUUGUAAAAUUAAAAGUAGAGAAUUAAGAUUAUCAUUUGUUUGUCCUUACCAUUAUUUUUAGAUGUUUUAUUGAUUAUUUUUAUGUUUUUUUCAUACUUGUGUUAAUUACCGUGCAUGUUAAAUCAAAUGACUUAUUCCAAAGUGAAUUGAAGGAAACUAAGAACACCAAAACGUUUAUAAUUUAUAAGUUGUUUGAUUUUCAUGUGAAUUAAACUAAGGAUAGACUUGUAAAAAUGUUAUAACAUGUAUUUUUAACCUAUACAUAGUAAGAUAUUUAUAGAAUUUUAGUCGUUUAAUUAUUUCGAACGACUUGUUAUAAAGAAAAUUGGUGCUUAAAGCUUAAAACAAAUAUGAAAGGCACAUUCGUGCUGUGUGUGUAUUGUCAGGAGGUGGAGCAUUUUGACAUAGCAUGCGUUGUUAUGCCCGUAUAUUGCGCUAAGUUGUUUAUAUAAUAAGCUAUACAUUUUUAUUUAACAAAAUACCUUUAUUUAUUAAGUUUCAUAAUUACAUAAACAAACAUAAUACACAAAAUGUAUCUUUGUUUAUUUUACGUAUUUCAAACAAAAAAUAAUGUACAUAUUAUUUAACGCUUUUAUAACAACGCCAUCUAGUGGUAGAAGAAACUAACUCUUGACGCCUUUACAAGGUUACGUCGCACAAAAAUUGCACAAAAUAUAAGUUUUUUAAAUGCCUUUUUAAUACAAUUAAUUAAACAGUUUGGCGCAGAUAUACGAGCAAUUAUAAUAAUGUAGGUAAACUUUGCUCAAUAUCUAUGAAAACUGAAAAGUGUUACAGUUGAUGCAAUACAAACAAACAAACAAUUA